AUGACGUUUGUACAAACAUACACGCUCCAGCCAGUUGUUGGUGGCCCAGAUCUGUUCUGUCAAAAGAAGAACUGCGGCUAUCUUUCUACCCCUGCCCACGGCAGCCUGACGUGCAGCGGCACCAGGUACCAGGACUCCUGCCGCCUGACGUGUGAGCCGGGCUACAAAGUUGCCAACGAGAGCGGCCAUCUUCUCCACAGUCUCUACAACUUCAGGUGCACGGCAAGUGGGCAAUGGAACAACAAGCCAAGUUGUGUCCCAUCUGACUUCUGCCGGCUCGGGCUGCACGACUGCCACCCUGAGCACGGGCUCUGCAGCCUGACGGGUCACCAGGCCUUCAGCUGCCGCUGCCGGGUCGGCACGGUCGGGGACGGGACGCACUGUGAAAGGACCUCCUGUCCGGAUUUUCCGUUCGCUGAACCGGAGAACGGCUUCUUCUCCUGUUCUAUCCCGACAUCCUCUGCUGCUGACACCUGCCAAUCAGCUGUCAGCACAAAGGCGGAGUACGAAGUUACCUGUGUGCUCCACUGUAACCAUGGUUACGACAGGCUGAUCUAUGCCGAGUACUCCUGUAGACACGACGGGAACUGGACUAUUCCUGUCGACAUUUACAGCGCAGGGAGCACGCCUUGUUUAGCUGUGAAAUGCCCGGACCUGUCUGCUCCCCAGCACGGCAGAAUGACGUGUGACAGCGGCUCCUAUUUCCGCUAUCCCGAGACCUGCAGCUUCGCCUGCGACGUCCAACCGGGCUACAAGCUGACGUCGACAACCAGCAGGGUGAGGCGCUGCCAGGCUGAUGCUACCUGGUCUGGUCACGACGCAGAGUGUAUCGGUAUGUGCAACAUCGCAAUCAUUCUAAAAAAGGACAAAACUUGA